CUUAUGUACCAAGUUCUUCGUUGAACUCCACCUUUUACAUGUGUGUCUGUGUAUACUCGUAUGAUGUUGAGUCUCGAUGGAUGGCUUUGGCUUAUCCCCGCCUAUAGUGUAAAUUAUACAUAUACAUGCGCUAAGUACUACAAGUGUUUCCGUUUUGUUUUAUCAUACGUAUAAAUACGUGUUUUCUUUUUUUCCUUCUCGGCCGCGAGAUUAUAAUGGCGGUCGCAACUCGCGAGUAAAUAUAGACGGUUGAUUGGACUUUGAAGCUGAAACGUGCUUUCGACGUAUUGUGAUGCUUCGUAGACUGUGAUUCUGUUGCUUUGUCAGGAUCGUUCUAUACCUAUCGCGUGUAAUAUUGUAAGGAAGAGCUUUGAGGUUUUGGAUGCCUGAAAUGCUGGUUUUCAGAGUUUCAAUUGCCAUGAAAUUAUUCUUAGCUUCGUUGACGUUUCUGAAUUUCAAUUUAGCUGUUUCAAAGUACUGCCCAUUCAAGGACGAUUUCGAUGUUGUUGAUUUUAAAACGAUGGUAUCGUCGAAUUCUACCUACGUUGAUAAGAGUUUACUGAUUGAAGAAGUUCUGAAACACCCCGGACAAGUGAUUUUGAUCACGAGACCGAAAAAAUGGGGCAAAACUUUGAAUCUCGAUAUGAUGGAAAAAUUCUUCGAUAUCGAAUUCGAUGAAAAUGGCACUCCUUUACCUCACGAUCAAUUAAAGAAUCGUGUGCUGUUUUUUGGAGGUCCAAUCACUGGCAGAUCGAUUAUGUUGCCAUCGUUGAAAAUCGCAAACGUUUCCAACGCCAUAGAGCAUUUUGGACGUCAUCCGGUGAUUUUCCUCAGACUCGGGAACCUAAAAGGAGCGAAUCACCACGAACUGCAGACCGGAUUGAAAUCUCGAAUUGGGCGAUUAUUCAGCAGAUAUAAAUUUAUCCAAAGGUACGCGACAGAAUCGCAGAAUGAAAUAUUGACGAAAUAUUUCGAAGCCAAUUACGACGAUAUUUCUGCCAAAGAGUUGAACACAAGCUUGGAUAUGUUGAGUGAACUAGUGUAUCAGCAUUUCAAUAAAACUGUGUACGUUUUGAUCGACGAUUACGACGAUCCUAUAAAUAGAGCUUUUAGAGAAUUUGGACAUCGUUACGCCGAAUUCGACAAAGUCGUUCGAUUAUUUCGACAAAUAUUCGAUAGAUUAUUACCAGAACGUAAUCCGUAUCUAGAGAAAUCAAUCGUCACCGGUACAUUCGUGCUGAAGAAAUUAUUUCCCAAACGCGAUGGCAAUAAAAUUGAAAAAUACACCAUACUGGAUGAACCAUUUUCAAAAUUUUUUGGGUUCGUGGAAUCCGAAGUGGAUGAAUUAGUAUCGAAAAUCACCCCGGAGAAGAAUUCAUCGAUCGAUAUUAAAAAGUGGUACGGCGGAUAUGGUCUACGAAACAGCGAUUUUGAAUUAUUCCAUCCUUGGUCAGUUCUACAAAGUGUUUGUAGUGGAGGAGGUAAAGCUACUUGGUAUCUCAAUAACGAUGAACUCCCUGUUCCUCUUCCUAAUAGCGUCAUAUCCCAUAACGAUGUGAAGAAACUGACUAGUGGGGGUUUUGUGACCAUAUCCAUUAUGAAAGAAAUUGAUUACGAUGAUCUGUGUUGCGCCGAGGGUGCUUUUAGCUUGUGUGUUUUUAAUGGGUACCUGAGCUCGAUUUCUAGCACGACGAAGAGAGAUGUCAUCUUGUUUAAUUUAACCAUUCCUAAUGAAGCUGUGAAGUUUUACUUUCUGAAAGGUAUGGAAGCGAGUGGAGAAAUAUCAUUUGAUGAGUAACGUAACAUCACUUGUUUUUUAAAUUAUUGAAGUAUUUAAUUAAUUAAUUUACCCAUAUUUUCAAUGAAUACUUUAGACAUUAAAUUUAUGAUAAGUGCUAUAAUUAUUUUGAAUUUUAUUCGUAAACUAUGGUAUUAAAUUUAGUGAAAUCUAUUUCUAUUUCCUUUGAGUGUACGCUGCUCGAGCCAAAUUCACCGUCGAAUUGAUGACGUUACAAAAUCGUAGAAAUGUUGACAAUGUGAGUGGAUAAACAUUCAGAGCGACUGGGUUGAUUGGUGCUUGCGUUUGGCACAGAAGAAUAUGAACGUUUUUGCGACUGUCUUUCAUCCAAUACCAUGGUGUAGAGUAUACGGCAAAAGAUAGUGCUGUUGUCUGUGUGAAUGUAAAUAAAUGAGUACAUCAGAGUGGAUCGCCAAAAAAGGUGGUCGGAUUUUUACCAGAUGCAGCAGAGACCUUCAUUACGAGUGGAAAGUUACUAACGAGGUCACGAGGUCUCCUUGAAGGGAAGAAAUGGGCUCUCAAAGACGAAAUAUUUAUGAAAAAAUCGUGGUUUUUUCACUCCUGUUGCUACUCAACCAGUUUUGGAAAAAGUGGACCAGUCCCAAAUA